AUGUCAGAAAGUGAGAUACAAAACGCAUAUUUACCCGAUGAGAUUAUAAAGGAAAUCCUUUCUCGACUCCCUGUGAAAUCCUUAUUGCAAUUCAGAAGCGUAUCAAAACAUUGGAAAUGUGUAAUCGCAAAUACCGAUUUUAUCAAAUCACACCUUAAACACGCAUUAUCUUCAUCAACCCAACACCGAAUCCUCAUUCCAUCUUCCCCUCUUCUGUCGUUAAGCUAUAACUUAUCACCAAACAACAUCUACGAAUCAACAGAAAUUCAUUGCCCUUUUUUGAACCCAAAAGCUCACACCAAGAUUAUGGGUUCAUGUAAUGGUUUGGUAUGUUUAAUGGAUGACACAAGAGACAUGAUAAUCUACAACCCAUCAACCAGAAGACAUUUCAAGCCCUUUCAAUUAGCGCAACAAGCUCUUUAUUUCUCAAACCGGGUUGAAUUUGUAUACGGAUUCGGGUGUGGGUGUGGGUCGAACCCGAAUGACAUGAGAAUGUUUAGAUUCCCCCGAUUUUCUCGUGACUUUAAAUAUAAUAAAUUUAAGGAACACGAUAAGAUUACUACUUCUAGUUCUUCCUAUGAUUUUAUUGAUACAGUUGGUACUUUUUUAAAUGGUGUUCUUCAUUGGUUAGCGCAUCGAAGUGGCAAUAAUGAUGAUUAUAGAUUAAUAGCUUCAUUUAAUGUAUCCGAAGAGACAUUUUUGGACAUUUGUUUGCCGAAUCAAGAUUCAAGACUUCCGUGUUAUGUUUUGGGUGUUUUACACGGAUGUCUUUCUGGGCUUUGUAAUGCUAUUUGUUAUACAGAAGUUGAGGUAUGGUUGAUGGAGGAAUAUGGGGUGGUUGACUCUUGGAAAAUAUUCGUUAAAAUUCCACUUUAUACUGGGAUUGAGAACAUUUCGUAUAUGAGGCAUUUGAGGUCCUUAAAUGAUGAUGAAAUUCUUCUUGAGAUUAAUUUGCAAUCGUUUGUGAUUUAUGAUGCUAAGAAGAAGAUGUUUAGGCAUGUCACGAGUGCUAACGAAUUGAUAUUGUUUGGGGAUGCUGUGGUGUAUGUGGAGACUUUGCUUUCACCUGAAGUCUUGUGUGUGAUGCAUUAG